AGUAACAUGGCUGACCAUGUGGGAAGUUUGUUUUUACCAGGAGAUUUAAUUCAGAAUUUGAAAGAAUCAGAAGCCACAAAGAAAAUUUUACUAGGUCCAGGGUUACGCCAAGAAAAUGAUCUAAUACUUGCUUCAAAGCCCGGUAUUCUUAGAUUUAGAGAACCCAAUGUUUACUGGAUUGAUAGUCCUCAAAAGCGGUAUGUACCAGUGAAAGGUGAUGCUGUUCUUGGUAUAGUAACACAGAAAAUGGGUGACGUGUUCAGAGUAGAUGUUGGAGCAAGUGAAGCAGCUACCCUGCCAUAUAUUGCUUUUGAAGGAGCAACUAAAAGAAAUCGCCCUGAUGUAAAGGUGGGUGACAUUGUAUUUGCAAGGUUCUCUGUUGCUAAUAAAGAUAUGGAAGCUGAACUUGUAUGUAUUGAUAAACACGGUCGAAGUAAUGGCAUGGGUGUAAUUAGAGAUGGUGGAUUUUUACAUCAUUGUUCUAUAAAUCAAGUUAGAAAAAUACUAAAUCCUGAAAAUGUUUUGUUGAAGACUUUGGGGAAAAAUAUGAAAUUUGAGACAGCUGUGGGUAUGAAUGGUAGAGUGUGGGUAAAAGGUCGAAAUAUUAAUGAGACAAUAGCAAUUAUAAAUGCGCUUGCAGUAUCAGAAUUCAUGACCAACGAACAGAUAUUAUCAAUGUGUAAAAAAUUAGCAGACUCUCUUGCGGGUUUCUGACUGACAACACUGAAAGGCCUUCUAGUGGAAAUAUAGUGGAAGUGGCAAAGGAAGAUAACAAGGAAAUUUGACAUUAUUAGCAAUAGCUAUAUACUAUAAACAGCACAACAAACAUGUGUUUUUGGUCAUUGAUGUUUUGUCAUCAAUCAUUGGUACUCAUAGAUAAUGAGAGAAUACAAGGAUACAUUGCUGGUGCACCAGCAGCCUAACAUCAAUGGUGGAAUUAUAGACAUAAUAUACAUGCAAGAUUUCAUAAUUUAUGAAAGGUUCAUUUCAAGCAUAUCAUCAAUUCCCAUAACUUCUUGUUGGAUAUUACAUGCACAUGUCUAAUCCCAAGUUAAAAAAUGAUAUACAAUUGUUCUGUGGUUUAUUAAAGACACAUUAUGGGAGAUUCGAUAACGAGUUGGCAGGUCUCACUAUAAUAAUUAAAAACUAGAUAACGUAAAGGCAAUUUGCAGAAAAUUUCAUUCAAAUUGAUCCACUAUGAACCGAGAACUAAGCAAAUCAAAUUUCUGCCUAGCCUCGGUCAUCAUUACUAAAGUCAGUACGAUAAACAGCAUAGUCUCGAUUAUCCAUUUAAUCGUUUAAUGGAGAAGGAAAGUUAUGCAGUAAAUUGGCUCACAAUCCACUUAAGAUCGCAGGCUAGCGAUGCCAUCUAGAGUUGAUUAUGGUCUGGAUAGGUUAAUUAAUGUAUAAUUAAUAAUUUAGAUAACAUUUCAGGCCUAAAGAAAGACCUGCAAUAGACAGGAUAAUGCAUGUUUAACUAUUAGAUAAUUACAUUAUGUUGUUUAAAUUAUGGUUUAGAUCAGUUUUCAAUUUUGACACUGACCAUCCAACAUACAGGUUAUAUUUAUCAACUGAUUGACUUGACAUUUAUACACUAGAAGCCAAACAAAUUUCUUUUUUUCCUGAUAACUAUUUCAUGAGUUGUUACUCUUGAUCAGGUUUAUGUCUCGUUUAUGAAUUCUCCCAAUGCCCACAAAAGAAUGUGGCAGUGUUUGUGGACUGCUAGGUGAUUUUGCUGAUGUGGGUGUAUGUUACGUUAAAUGGCAAUCUAUCUUAUUUAUUUAUGUUGUUAUGCACCAUAGCACAUGAGAGAAUUUACAGUAGAAUUUCACAAUUUCAGCCUGCAUUACCAGGCUUGAAAAAUUCAUAAAGAUCUAUCUAAACAUGUUUUUAUUCAAUCUCUGAAGAUUCUUGAGAUCAAGUGCUGAAUUACAUUGUUCCACCUAGAUAAAAUAGUCACUUAAUUCAAAACAUCCCAAUUUUGUAAAAUUUUAUUUUUUUUUCAUAAUACUAUAUAGAGGUAUAUAUAAAAGAAAAACAAAACAAUAAAAUAUAUUUACAUGUACGCUCUUUUUAGAUCAGUUUAACUACAUGUACAUCUGUUUUUUUUAAAAGAAUUCUAUGAUUUCAAAAGUCAAAAAGGAUUUUCUUUAUGAAACAUAAAUAAAUCCAUUAAAGCUUUAAACAAUUACUAAUACCAUGGUUUUCAUCAUAUAUUUGUUCAUGUAAAGAUCUGCAAUCAAUCAUAAUGCAGAAAAUUGCAUGUAUUAUCAUAAAUGAUAUCUUAGUAAAUAAAAUGGAUUGUAAAUAUUUUUUUUUUUUUUUCAUAGAAGAGAUUUUUUUCUA